AUGGUCUCCCCUGCCUUUAUCCGCCUCGCUGCCGGCGCCGCCAUCUUGGUUGGCGUCAACGGCCAGACGACUUCGCCGACUACCACCACGGAGUUGCCGACUACCACCACCGUCAGCCCGACCUCGACGACGGUCACCACCACCGAGGUCACGACUACUUCGAUCUCUUCCAGCACCAGCAGCAGCCUUGACUCUUCGUCCACCAGCUCAAGCGUCAGUGACGUGACUUCGACGAGCACCUCGUCCACCACCACCGGCGAUACUUCCACCAGCACCGCCACAACCUCGGACACAAGCUCGACCUCGUUCACGUCCACUUCUUCUUCCCUCUCCUCCACCUCGGAGUCCAGCAUCACCAGCUCUGACAUAACCACGUCUCUCACCACUGAGACGGCCAUCACGACCCUCUUCAACACGACCACGACCGACCCGGUCACCCUGCCCACCUCGUCCACCUCCACCCUCGUCCUCCCCAACAAUAGCACCAUCAUCAUUAGCGUCACCACGACGACCCUUCCCACGACGACCCUUCCCACGACGACCCUUCCCACGACGACCCCUGCCACGACGCCACCCUUCACGAACAGCACGACCGCCAUUGUCUCUCCUCCUGUCACGACGCUGCCUCCCCCGAUCACGACGACGACGUGCAACUUCAACGGGGUCUGCCGCACCAUCACUUUGCCGCCUGUCAUCACCGCCCUCCCGCCCGUGACGACCCUGACGCGCUGCAACUUCAACGGCACCUGCUCGACCAUCACCCGCACGAGGGACACCACCACGCUGGCCCCUGUCUUCACGGGCGGCUCGACCAGCGUCCGCGACGUCACAACCACGGCAACCUCCUCCAUCGUCCGGGUCUCGAGCGCUUCCACGCUGGUCACCCGGCCCUCUGUCCCGGGCGUCGACACCAGCAUCCGUCCCAUCACCUCCUCGAACCCGCCCGUGACAACAUCCGGCCCGUCCACCACGCGCCCCGCCACCACGUCCCCUUCUGUUGUGGUCACCGCCGGCGAGCCCGCACUGAAGGCCACGGGCGCCAUGCCCCUGAUGAGCCUCAUCGCGGUGGUUGCUGCCGGCAUGCUUGUCUUUAUGUAA